AUGGAGCGGUACCAAAGUGCUCCCCUCCCCCUCCUCUCCUCCAGCCACGCGUGUACCAUGUGGAGGUCCCUGGCCACCGAGCCCACCCUCACCUCGCAGAUCCUGGAGCAGCUCCUGGAAAGGGUGAACCGGGAUGUGCCCUACAAGGAGAUGUCCCCAUCCUCGUCCUCGUUCUCGUCCUCAUCCUCAUCCCCAUCCUCGUCCUCAUCCUCGUCCCCAUCCUCGUCCCUAUCCUCGUCCUCAUCCUCGUCCCCAUCCUCAUCCACAUCCUCGUCCUUAUCCUCGUCCCCAUCCUCGUCCCUAUCCUCGUCCUCAUCCUCGUCCCCAUCCUCAUCCACAUCCUCGUCCUUAUCCUCGUCCCCAUCCUCGUCCCUAUCCUCGUCCUCAUCCUCGUCCCCAUCCUCAUCCACAUCCUCGUCCUUAUCCUCGUCCCCAUCCUCGUCCCUAUCCUCGUCCUCAUCCUCCCUCGUCCCCAUCCUCGUCCCUAUCCUCGUCCUCAUCCUCGUCCCCAUCCUCAUCCACAUCCUCGUCCUUAUCCUCGUCCCCAUCCUCGUCCCUAUCCUCGUCCUCAUCCUCGUCCCCAUCCUCAUCCACAUCCUCGUCCUUAUCCUCGUCCCCAUCCUCGUCCCUAUCCUCGUCCUCAUCCUCGUCCCCAUCCUCAUCCACAUCCUCGUCCUUAUCCUCGUCCCCAUCCUCGUCCUCAUCCUCCUCCCCGUCCUCGUCCCCGUCCUACUCCUCGUCCCUGUACCCAUCCUCAUCCUCGUUCUUGUUCUCGUCCCCGUCCGCAUCCUCAUCCGCAUCCUCGUCCUCAUCCUCGUUCUCAUCCUUGUCCCUGUCCUCAUCCUCAUCCUCGUUCUCGUCCUUGUUCUGGUCCUCAUCCUUGUCCCCGUCCCCAUCCUCAUCCUUGUUCUUGUUCUCGUCCCUGUCCUCAUCCUUGUCCUCAUCCUCAUUCUCAUCCCCAUCCUCGUCCCCAUCCUUGUCCUCAUCCUCGUUCUCAUCCUCAUCCUCGUCCCCAUCCUCGUCCCCGUCCCCAUCCUCAUCCUCGUUCUCAUCCUCCUCCUCUCCUCAUCCUCAUCCUCAUCCUCGUUCUUGUCCUCAUCCUCAUCCUCAUCCCCAUCCUUAUCCUCAUCCUCGUCCCCGUCCCCAUCCUCAUCCUCGUUCUC